CCCCACACUCCCCGAACCCAGUCACCCUGCCCCCACAGCACCCGAAUCCAGGCCCGCUUCCCGCACGCCCCACACUCCCCGAACCCAGUCACCCUACCCCCACAGCACCCGAAUCCAGGUUUGCUUCCCGCACACCCCACACUCCCCGAACCCAGUCACCCUACCCCCACAGCACCCGAAUCCAGGCCCGCUUCCCGCACGCCCCACACUCCC